GUAGCUUUCUCACAUUCAAUGCUUUAACCAUAUUAUACUCUCACACAUACAUGAUAUAUGUAUAUGCGUCUCUCUUUAUAUAUGAGUACGUGCGUGUAAAUCUACAUACUUCUCUCCCACACACAAAAAAAAAAACUCUUUGCUUCUUCUGUUAGAAUCAUACAAUCUGUGUUUGGAGACAUGCAUCCCUACGCGUGUGUGAUGGAGAGAGGAAAAUGCUUGAUGUCGAUGAAGCUUAGGCCAGUGGUGGCGAGAGAGACUUCGGACGCGGCUUUGCGCUGGCCAUUUGGGGAAGAUAGAGCGUUUGCGGCGGUUGAGUAUGGCGGUGGAGGUGGUUGCAUGUGGCCGCCUAGGUCUUACUCGUGCAGCUUUUGCGGGAGAGAGUUCAAGUCAGCGCAAGCACUAGGCGGUCAUAUGAACGUUCAUCGAAGAGACCGAGCGCGUCUUAAACAACAAUCUUUAUCAUCUUCAUCAACUGACCAAGCCAUGGCUAUCGAUUACGAUCAUCAACAGCUACAAAAGCAACAAGAAGUUCUUGACGUGGGAUCGAAGUUUCUUGCCCAAGAAGAUUCAAGAAAGGCCAAUGGAGCUAAGAGGGAUAUAAGUGAUGUUGAUGAUAGUAACGUUUUAGAAAGUUCUAUGAAAAGACUAGAGCAUUACAAUGAUGAAGUCAAGACUGAUCUAUCUGUAGGUCUAGCGAGUUCUGAGUUCGAUCAUCGGAAGAAGCAACCAAUCAAUGGAUUUUCGUCGUCCAAGAAGGCAAAGACUGAUGUUUCAAGAUUGCCACUGAUGUUAGGAUUGGUCAUUGGAGUAUCCAAGAUCAACGGUCAUCACGAGGAGCUGGAUCUUGAGCUACGGCUAGGAGGCCAUCCAUCAAAAGUCAACUAG